AUGGCAAACAUAAAUAUUGGUUCAAAUGAAGAUCUGCAUCAGACUAUGAUGAUGAUGAGAUCAAAGAGAAGAAAGGGGCUUCAACUCACCAACCUGCCAAAGGACAUUCUCUGCAGCAUCCUCUCACGACUGCCUCUAAAGGAAGCCGUGCGGACGAGCAUACUGUCGGAACGGUGGAAGCAUCUCUGGCGCUGCCACUCAAAUCUAGAAUUCAGUCUUAGAUCAGUGUUGCCAGGUCCUCGUACCAACGGACCCAACGAUGGUAGGCCAUGGAAAGACGUGUUUAUUCAGAGAGUCGAUGCGGUCCUGCAGCAACACUGUGGUGCAGGGGUCGACAACAUUCAGUUCCAGGCUCCGUGCGACGAUGAGCAUGGGGAACGGAUAGAGGGAUGGGUCCGCUUUGCCGUUGCUUCCAAGGCGAGGCAACUUAUUCUCGAUUUCUCAGCCACACACCACAUACAACAACAUCCAUAUAAAAUCGAUUUGCGGCUUCUCGAUGACAGUGAAAGCUCACACCUGCAAUCCAUAAAACUCUGUGCCGUUUCUCUGAAGGUGCCCGCGGAUUUCAAGGGUUUUCGGAACCUUAAACGGGUUUUCCUAGCAGACACGGAUAUUACCGACGGCGACCUUCAACAUCUGGUGUCCAACUGCAGCAGUGUUUUGGAGUUCCUUGGAAUCUCUGGCUGUGGGAUGCUCACAAGGUUACGGAUAUCUCAUCUUUCAAACAAGCUUAAGCAUUUGCAAGUAUAUGACUGCCGUUUGCUUCGAGCGAUGGAGUUUAACUUUGGUCUGGUAAAGCUCGAGUACAAAGGCCCUUCUAUAAUACUGUUAUCGCCUCCUGGAACUUUACUUCUAGCAGAUGUAUGCAUCAAGCUGGAGGGCAUCUCUACUAAUUCUCUAGAGUACAUGUUCACCAAGCUUUGCCAUAAUGCGCCCCGUGUCGAGACUCUGACUCUAAGAUGCCAUGAGGGGAAGAUGGCUGCAUUGCCAGGAAAGCUGCACGAGUUUGUUCAUUUGAAGCACCUGACACUGGGCUUGACUUUUGGGUUUGGGACAAGGACAAGUGAUAUUCUUCAAUUUGCCUGCCUUCUGGUUGCUGCUCCUUUCUUGGAAAAGCUGGAAUUUCAUAUGUGGCUGCGCUGCCAGCAUGAAAAAUACAGCGCGGAUAAAGGGCGUCUCCGGAGCCUUCCCUCACAGCCACACUCCCAUCUCAGGGCGGUCGACAUCACGGGGUUCUACGGCGAGAAGGACCAGCUGGAGCUGGCGCUCCACAUCCUCAUAAACUCCGUCGUGCUGGAGUCGAUGAAGAUAGACCCAGAACCUGUGGCCGCCCCCGCCGGUCUCACCCGACUGGUGCGCCCGGAGGCUCCUCAUUUUGCAGACGGCUACGAAGUCGCCCGGGAGUUCCUCCGCAGCAGAGACUGCCGCGAUGUUGUCCACGUCGUUAAGCCUCUGGCAUGUCGUGUGAGGCCGCUCAUGUUUGGCGCCCGCACGCGUAUCGGUGCAACCCAACGCGCGUCUUUCUUCGCAGAGCUGCGUAGAAGAGAGGCGAGGAAUGCGGCGUAA